AGUCCUCCUGCCUUCUGAUUGGCUGCGGCUCGGCCAGCAUGUGGAAACCCACAUCCAAACUUUCCCAGUUGAAGGAAAAGUGUGGAGAGUGGAGGAUGAAGCGAGCGGGCGGACGGACGCCAGCAGCAGCAGCAGUAGCAGCAGCGUGAGUGAGUGAGUGAGUGAGUGAGGGAGGAACAGGCAGAGUGAAGAGAACAGAGAGAGACACAGGAUGAAAUCAUAAUUAUAGAUUUCUAUAACUGUCUCCUGCUGGAGAUUUUUUGUUUACUUGAUUUUUGUUUGACAGUUUUCUUCACCAGUUUGUUUUUUUAAGAAGAAACUGAAGGUUAUUUUCAAGAACCUCUGGAUUUUACUCAGUUUUUGAAACUUUUUUGUAAAAAUGUCAGUUUAGUGAGAGGAUCAUUUUCUACCUCACGUCAUCAUGCUACUGGUUCUGCUUCUGGUUCUGGUUCUCUGCUCUGAGGCUCACUCCUCAGAGCCGUCAUCCAUCACCAUCCAGUACCGCGUUUGGGAGGAGCAGUUGCCCGGAGCGCAGGUCGGCCGGCUGCUGGAUGACCUUCGGCAGAGGGACCAAGGUGGACCCCUGGAGGAUUUCCAGGUGGUAGAACACGGGAAAGCCCUUCCCUUCUCUGUCAGCACUCGUGACGGUGUUGUCUCCACCCAAGGCCGGCUGGACAGGGAGGAGCUGUGCCGGGGCUCUGACCUGUGCGAGGUGGCCUUCAGUGUCUUGUACAGGAAGAGCGGUGCUGUAGACUGCCUGAGGGUUCGCGUGGAGGUGAUGGACCUGAACGACCACAGCCCCAGCUUCCCCAGUCCUCUGCAGGAGGUGGAGAUCUCAGAGACAGCCAGCCUCAGGAUGCGGAUCCCUCUGGACCGAGCGGUGGAUCCUGAUGCAGGGCCCAACAGCCUGCAGACCUACUCACUCUCCCUCAACCAACACUUUGCUCUGGAUGUGACGAUUGGUCCAGAUGGGACGAAACAGGCAGAGCUGGUGGUCAUUAAAGAACUGGACAGGGAGGUCCAAAGCUCCUUUGACCUCACCCUGGUGGCCUGGGAUAAAGGGAACCCGCCCAAAUCUGGGAGUACGUUAGUCCGUGUUAAUAUUCAGGACUCAAAUGAUAACAGUCCGACAUUUGAGGACGCCACUCCCACUGUGGAGCUACCAGAGGAUACGGCCCGCGGUACAACCAUCAUCAACCUCAAGGCUACAGACCCAGACCAGGGUGCCAAUGGAGAAGUGGAGUAUUCGCUCAGUAAGCACACCCGUCCAGAGGUUCAGAGGCUCUUCUAUGUCGAUCCAAACAAUGGAGCCGUGAGUCUCAGAAUGCCCCUGGACUAUGAGGCGCAACCCAGUUUUGAAGUAGUAAUCCAGGCCCGAGAUCGCGGGCCAAACGCUAUCCCAUCGCACUGCAAAGUGCACGUCAAGCUGAGAGACGUCAACGACAACGCACCAAGGAUACACAUGACCUGGACUCCGCCCAACUCGCCCAUUGCAACAGUGCUGGAAGGAGCACCAGAGGACACUUUUCUUGCUUUGGUGAUGGUCUCUGACGCUGAUUCAGGAGAUAACGGCAAAGUCACAGCACACAUUCAGCCGGGGUCCGGCCCUUUUCGCCUAAAGCACAUCCACGGCGACAAUUACAUGAUCGUAACCAACGGCAGCCUGGAUCGAGAGAAGGUCAUGCGGUACAACAUCACACUCCUGGCCCACGAUUAUGGAGAGCCUUCGCUUUCUUGUGUUAAACAACUGCCGGUUCACGUUCUGGAUGAGAACGACAACGCCCCGAUGUUUUUAACAUCCCACUAUAAAGCUUCCUUUAAGGAGAACAACGUUGCAGGCUACCAUGCUCUCAAAGUUGAAGCACAUGACGUCGACCUGGAGCUCAGUGGCAGAGUGUCCUACUUCAUACACAACUCAAAUGACGUGGACAGCGACACGCAAUCUUUCGCCAUCCACCCGACUAGCGGCAUCAUAAGCAUCCAGCGCCCUCUGGACUACGAGGAAUCUAACACCUACUCUUUCAUCGUGGAGGCCGUCGACCACGGUCAUCCACCUCUCACCAGCACCACGACUGUGCAGGUGGACGUUGAGGAUGUGAACGACAACUAUCCAAUCAUCAAGGAGCCGAAACCCAGGAACGGUGUGGUGUCUUUAAGUGUACCGGUCAAUGCAGACAGGGGGGAGAUCGUGACUGCACUGGGUAAUGAGAUGGAGGAGGCGUCGACCGAUUUGAAAAUCAAUCCCCUUGUCAGAGACGGACAUGUUGGAUUCCUUGCUUCCACCAUAAAGGCUGAAGACCCAGACUCGGGGCUCAAUGGUGAACUUCAGUAUUUUUUAAGUCAUGGAAACUCUCAGGGACUCUUCUGGUUGGAUCAGGAUUCAGGGCAGCUUUUUGUGAACACCACCAACGCCACUGAUCUCAUUGGUAAAACCUUUAAGGUGGACAUCACCGUAUCAGACAUGGGUUCCCCCAAACUGACUACCAAAGUGACUCUGGAGGUGAUGUUCAUCAAUCUCAAGGACCACCUGAAGAACUCAUCACCUGGCACCCGUGGACAACUAAGUUUCACCAUGAUGAUGGCGAUCUGCCUGGGCGCUACGUGUCUGCUGCUACUCCUGGCCAUCGCUUUGGUGACGACGUUCUGCCGCACGGAGAAGCGGGACAACCACGCCUACAACUGCAGACAGGCAGAAUCCACCUACACCCGCCAUCCCCGGCGCCCGCAGAAGAACAUCAGAAAGUCUGACAUCCAGCUGAUUCCCGUCAUCAGGGGACGGAAGGAGGAGCCUCUCGAGGAUGACAGUGAAGCUCAGCCACUGGCCCCGCCUCCAGUGAUGUCAGAGGAGAAACAAACCGAGAGACAGUACACCUUAAUGCCAUCGGUCAUGAACACGAGCUUCCACUCCCAAGGCUACCCAGAAGAGGAAGCUGCUCAGCCGCUCACGCAUCACUGCAGAACCCUUCGGAAACCCGGAAACAUUGAACUGGAUGGCUCUUUACCUCUGACCCCCGCCACAUCGUACCGGACUCUUACUCGCAAGUCCAGGAACACCUCGUCGUCCUCCACAGUCUCACAAUCGAGCACGUUAAAGCGCAAGACUCACCCAGAGGGGGAGGAGGCAGAAACAGCAUCGUCCGGAUCCCAGGCCACUCUCAGGAGACCAAAGACCUCGGAAGGCCGAGGAGGACACGACGCAGAACAUCGACAGAUGCUUCGGAACCUGGUCCGAUUGUCCAUGGCUGCAUUUGGAGACUCCAUCGAGCUCUCCGCGGCUUCUCCAGAAGUGCAGCAGAUCUCCCAGCUCCUCUCGCUCCUGCGUCAGGGUCAACUGCAGCCGAGGCCGAACUUCCGAGGGAACAAAUACUCCCAUCGAAACAGAUAUGGAGGUCAGGACUGCUCCGAUUGGCAGAGCACCAAAGACAGUGGACACGGAGAAAGUGAGGCCGGAGACAUGGACUGGGAACCAGGACGAGAUUCACCUAUAGACCCACAGCUGGAGGAGGGGCUUAACAGCCUGUUCAACAACCCUGACGACGUCUUCUCCGACGUCACUGACCCGUCCUGGAUGGCUAGACUGUCUCUCCCGCUCAGCGGCGAUUACCACGACAACGUUUUUGUCCCCACUGGACCGCCGUCCCCCGAGAGUGAGCUUCUGCCUCGGGACUGUUUGGACUCAUCGUCCUUCUCCACUUUUGGUAAAACUCCAGACAAGGACGGCCCACUGGGCGGGGCCCUGCUGUCCGAGGUCAGCACGCUGUUUGAGAUGCUGAUGACACAGAAGGCCGACGCCCACCCUGGCCCCCGACCGGACGUCCUGUACCGUCUCUCUGCGGCGUACCGGCGCUCGCUGGGCCUGGACGGCGGCGGUGGGGCCUCCGCGCCAGCAGGGGGAGCCGGAAACGCAGCGAGGAGCUCUGGGAACGCAGAGAAACGGACGGGCGCCGCAGCCGCGCCGUCAGGACUCUACCAGUAAACGUAACGUCUGUUCUCCAAACACUGGAAAAGACUGAGAGCUCAGGCUCAGAACAGGAAAUGAUGUCAUGUAGCUAGCUAAUUUCUAUAAGUGCAUUCCAGUUGUAGUCGGAAGUCAGGAAUUUCCGAGUUGAAGUUGGAAACUCGGUUGGACACUGAAACUUAGACGUACAUAGAGUGUGAAGAGAUUCGUGAAAGUCGUGAAUUGCGAUCAGAGACGUGACAGGAUGAACGUGAAGUCGGGUGAUGGAAAGGAAAGUGACUGUUAAGUGACAAUAAUUUGCCAAAGUACUUCUGAGCCAAUGAGGCUGCGACAUCCAUCAUAGUCACAUGACUGUUUUACGUAUAAUAACACCGAUUUUAUUCAGCAGCGGUUUCUUCCCUCAAAUCCUUGAAUUUUGUCAAAAUAGUUUGAAUUGUAGACGGUAAACAUCAUACAUCGUCUCAUUCCAAUCUAAAGCUAGUGGAGGCCGAUUUUUGUUCAUGUUCCAUUUUCAUCUUUUUUAUCGUAAGCGUAAAUUUGACCUUCUUUUAGCAACUUCCUGUGUGCAGGUUUUGACGGAUCAAUCUACAUUUUUCGUGAUGGGUAGUUAAUCACCCGAGUAUGUUCCCAUUUAAUUUUGGUAAGAAUCGACUCACCGAUGACGUCACAAUGAGCAAAACUGUAAAAUGACGUAUUAUGAAUUUUGAAAUUUAACGUGUAAAAACCUCAUUGAACAAGUUUACGUGUGUUUAUGUCAGCGACGUCUUCACAGAUCAGGAUGAUUUUUGUCAUGUUUAUGUAAAAUGGUGAAAACUAUAAGCAGGUAAAGUUCUAUAAAGAUCCAGAAAGUUCUUCUGGGUCAAACGUGGAUUUUUAAAUGAAAACAUUUCAGGUGCUGGUUUUGUGAUUAUUUUUUUGGUAAUGUAUAUAUUUGCAAUUAGGUUUGUCAGUGAAAACACUGGAAAUCUUAUAUUUGUACUUUUAUCCGUUAAAUAUUAAAAGUUUCUCCGUUUUUAUUGCGAUUUUAGAACUGUGGUCUGUAUAUAAACUGGGGAACUAACGAGGAGAUGAGCUGCAGCUGAGGAGAAGAGGGAAGAGUUUCUUUUUUUAAAGACAUACAUUUCUUUAAAAUGACUUUAUCACAGCGUAAUACGGUCAUUCACAGCCUGUUGUUGUCAUGUGAUCAGGUUUUAUGUCACAAUAACCUAAAAAUAUCUCGUUAUCAUGUGAAACUUUUCACGUUAUCAUGUGAUAGUGACUUAUUUUUGCAGUGACAGAGUUUUGUUUGAGAAAAACAGGAAACAGGAAGUAAAUCCAGCUCCACUCGUGUUUCUUUCACCUUAAACUAAAGUCACUCAGUCACAAACUCAGUCUAAACGAAAAUGUCACAUUUAAAUCAUCACAUGACUGUCGUUGUUGAUGCAGGACGGUUCAUGUACUUGUCAGUUUGCUUCUUAAAUUAUUGGUUUUUACUUUCAUCCAACACAUUUUUUCUCUUUUCCUAUUAUUUAGCUUUUCCUCUAUUUUGUACCAGAUUGGUGAAAAAAGCACUUUGUACAUAGUUUUUUGUGAAAUUUCUUGUAUUAAAAUGUUUUUUUGUUGUCAUUAAAAAACUGAUUUGUAACUUUUUUCUCCCAAUAAAACGUGUAUCAUGUGACACAAA